UAAUAUUGGAGGUAGCAAUAAUUAAGAGAUCAAAGAAGAUAAUAAUGUGGAAGCUGAAGGUUUCAGAGAGGAAAGAGGAGAAGGAGUGGGUUAGAAGCAUGAACAAGCAUCUUGGAAGACAGUUUUGGGAGUUUGAUCCACACCUUGGAACCCACCAACACCAUCUUCAACUUCAACAACUUCGCCAACACUUCACCGAUAACCGCUUCCAAUCUAACCAUUCCUCUGAUCUCUUAAUGAGAUUUCAGUUCGCGAGGGAAAAAGGGUUAAAGAUGAAUAACAACAACGUGAAUAAGAUUGAGAAGGUUGAAAGUGAAGAAGAAAUAAAAGAGGAAGUAGUGAGAAAGACACUAAAAAGUGCAUUGAGAUCUUUAUCGACUCUGCAAACUGAGGAUGGUUUCUGGCCUGGUGACUAUGGUGGUCCUUUGUUCCUUUUACCCGGUUUGGUGAUUGGAUUAUGGGUAACUGGAGCUAUCAAUGCUAUCUUGUCGCCUGAGCAUAAGCAAGAGAUCCGGCGUUAUUUGUUCAAUCACCAGAACAAAGAUGGAGGUUGGGGAUUGCAUAUAGAUGGGGAGAGCACAAUGCUAAGCACAGGUUUGAAUUAUGUGACACUGAGAUUGAUCGGAGAAGACGUCGACGGCGGAGAUGGCGCCAUGCUCAAAGCAAGAUCCUGGAUCCUCCAUCGUGAUGGUCUCACUUCUAUUCCUUCAUGGGGCAAACUCUGGCUUUCAGUGCUUGGUGUAUAUGAAUGGAGUGGCAUGAACCCAAUACCCCCAGAGCUAUGGCUGCUUCCCUACUUUGUUCCUGCUCACCCUGGAAGGAUGUGGUGUCACACUCGAAUGGUGUAUCUUCCCAUGUCUUAUUUAUAUGGUAGAAGAUUUGUGGGUCCAAUUAAUGGGAUUAUUUUGUCCCUCAGAAGAGAAUUGUACACCCUUCCUUAUCAUCUAAUCGAUUGGACCCAAGCCAGAAAUCUAUGUGCUAAGGAAGAUAUGUAUAGACAACGGUCAAAGGUGCAGGAAAUAAUUUGGGGUAUUUUUGGUGUUCAUGAAAAUAUGGGGGAGCCUCUUCUCAUGCACUGGCCUUUCUCAAAACUAAGGCAGAAAGCAUUAAAUCAUGUAAUGCAACAUAUACACUAUGAGGAUCAAAACACAAAUUACAUAUGCAUUGGUCCUGUUAGUAAGGUAUUAAACAUGGUUUGUUGUUGGUUGGAGGAUCCAAAUUCCGAGGCAUACAAGUGUCACAUUUCAAGAGUCAAAGACUAUCUCUGGCUGGCUGAGGAUGGAAUGAAAAUGCAGGGAUAUAAUGGUUCUCAACUUUGGGAUGUUGCUUUUUCUGUUCAAGCAAUCUUGGCUACAAACCUUGAUGAAGAAUGUAGUUCAAUGCUUAAGAAGGCAAACAAUUUCAUAAAAUGCUCACAGGUUACAAGGAACAGCUCCGGCGACCCCAGCCGGUGGUUUCGCCACAUUUCGAAAGGUGGUUGGCCUUUCUCAACCGCUGAUAAUGGUUGGCCUGUAUCAGAUUGCACUGCUGAAGGCUUGAAGACUUCCAUUUUGUUAUCAAAGUUGCCAUAUGAGACUGUAGGAGAAGCAAUAGAAACACACAGAUUGUUUGACGCUGCUAAUCUCAUUUUAUCCAUGCAGAAUAUUAAUGGUGGGUUCGCAUCCUAUGAGCUUACAAGAUCAUAUGAAUGGCUAGAGGAAUUGAAUCCAAUUGAAACAUUUGCAGACAUCAUGAUUGACUAUCAAUAUGUGGAAUGCACAUCAGCAGCAAUUCAAGCUCUUGCUUUAUUCAGACAAGAAUAUCCAAAACACAGAAAGAUGGAAAUAGAAACUUGCAUUGCCAAAGCAGCAAACUAUAUUCAAAGCAUACAGUUACCGGAUGGUUCAUGGUAUGGAUCAUGGGGAAUUUGCUUUACCUAUGGCACAUGGUUUGGAAUUAAGGGACUGAUAGAUGCAGGCAAGACCUACCAAGAUAGCCACAGCAUUAGAAGAGCAUGUGAUUUUUUGCUUUCCAAACAGCUAACUUCUGGUGGCUGGGGAGAGAGCUAUCUCUCAUGCCAACAAAAGGUAUACACAAAUUUGGAAGGAAACAAGUCCCAUCUAGUGAACACUGCUUGGGCUAUGUUGGCACUUAUUGAAGCUGGACAGGCUCAGAGAGAUCCAUCCCCACUGCAUCGUGCGGCUAAGCUUUUGAUUAAUUCACAAAUGGAAAACGGGGAGUUCCCUCAACAGGAAAUACGAGGAGUGUUCAACAAGAAUUGUACCAUCAAUUACUCAGGAUAUAGAAACAUAUUUCCCAUAUGGGCACUUGCAGAAUAUAGGAGUCAUGUAAUGCUUGAUCCUGGCAAAAGCUCAAUGGAAACUGUAUAAUAAUCAAGUAAAGAAACAACUUCAUUAACUAUAUUACCCCUUUGGCUGUAAAGAAAUAUGGUAUGGGGGAAGAAAAAAUUGAACAUUAAAGCUGUAAAAUUUCUAUUGAAUAAAUCACU